GGCGUCGCACUGAAAGGAGCUGGGCGUUCCAUUCGGUUAGGAGCAGAAGUUGAACAGCGCGAGCCGAGACAGAGCUCUAGAAAGGCAGAUAGGGAGAGGGCAGAGGCAACGGCCCUCUACUGGAGGGGGGGGGGGCUUAUUAUAACAAAUAUAUACACACAUGUGUGAACUGUUGGGCUGCACGAUAGGUCAUAUGUGGAUAAUAGUUAUUUUAGAAAAGCAUAUAACCGCGGCUUUACAUUUAAAAUGCCUAUUUUACUUUUCCUGUUAGACACGUCCGCCUCUAUGAAUCAGCGCACUUAUUUGGGUACGACGUAUCUGGACGUUGCUAAAGGCGCGGUUGAGGUCUUUAUGAAGCUGCGUGCCCGAGACCCGGCUAGUAGAGGCGACAGGUACAUGCUAGUUACAUUCGAUGAUCCACCAUACGGAGUGAAGGCCGGCUGGAAGGAGAACCAUGCCACUUUCAUGUGCGAGCUGAAGAAUCUGCAGGCGUCCGGGCUCACAACAUUAGGACACGCUCUUCGCACCGCCUUCGACCUGCUUAACCUCAACCGCCUCAUCUCGGGAAUCGACAACUACGGGCAGGGCCGCAACCCAUUCUUCCUUGAGCCAUCUGUGAUCAUCACCAUCACUGAUGGGAACAAGCUCACGCACAGCUCGGGAGUGCCAGAUGAGCUGCACCUGCCUCUGAAUUCUCCCUUGGCUGGCAGCGAGCUGACCAAAGAGCCUUUUCGCUGGGACCAGCGUCUGUUUGCAUUGGUACUGAGGCUGCCAGGAGCAGCUACACCAGAUAAUGAGCAACUUGGUAGUGUCCCCACGGAUGAGUCUGCAAUCACCCAGAUGUGUGAAGUUACUGGAGGGCGAUCAUAUUGCGUGCGAACACAGAGGAUGUUGAACCAGUGUCUGGAGUCUCUGGUCCAAAAGGUUCAAAGCGGUGUUGUCAUUAAUUUUGAAAAAAACGGGCCAGAUCCGCCUCCAAUUGGGGAAGAUAAUUCUGUGGACUCAAAUCGGCCUGUGUCAUCCUUCGGCCCACAGCCAUGGCACAGCUGCCACAAACUCAUCUAUGUGCGACCAAACCCAAAGACUGGGGUGCCAGUCGGGCAUUGGCCCAUACCAGAGUCCUUCUGGCCGGACCAGAACUCUCCAACCCUACCACCUCGCACUGCUCACCCCGUGGUGCGUUUCUCUUGCGUGGACUGUGAACCCAUGGUGAUCGACAAGCUUCCCUUUGACAAGUAUGAACUGGAGCCCUCUCCGCUCACCCAGUACAUCCUGGAAAGGAAGUCCCCACACAUGUGCUGGCAGGUGUUUGUCAGCAGCAGCGGGAAGCAGAAUGACCUGGGGCAUCCUUUUGGCUACCUUAAAGCCAGCACCACUCUCACUUGUGUUAAUCUGUUUGUUAUGCCGUACAACUACCCAGUCCUUCUCCCACUCCUCGACGAUUUUUUCAAAGUGCACAAACUAAAACCAAACCUUAAGUGGCGACAGGCCUUUGAGAUGUACCUGAAGACGAUGCCGCCAUACUACCUCUUGCCCUUGAAAAAGGCACUGAGGAUGAUGGGUGCACCUAACCUUAUCGCGGACACCAUGGACUGUGGACUGAGUUACAGCGUCAUUUCUUACCUGAAGAAGCUCAGCCAGCAGGCAAAAAUGGAGUCGGAUCGUCUGAUUGUGUCGGUGGGGAAAAAGGCUCCGCAGGAAACUGGCAUAAAGGUGAAGAACCACUCCAGCUCGCUUUCUCUAGCCCACCGGCGAGACUUUAAGCAGCUGCUGCAGGGAAUCACGGGGGAGGGGCCCCUUCGCCUGCCGGACAUUAAUUUCAAAGAGUUUGCCGGUUUCCAGAUCGUCCUGCUCAACAAGGAUGUAAAGCCUCAAGCUUAUCGGAAUGCCUACGACAUCCCAAGACGGAACCUCCUGGAUCAGCUCACACGAAUGCGCUCCAAUUUGCUGCGGACGUCACUAAAACUGAUCCGAGGGCAAGAUGAAGAUUCCCUGCACAGUAUUCCAGUGGCUCAGAUGGGAAACUAUCAGGAGUACCUAAAAAUGAUGCCGUCCCCUUUGAGAGAGAUUGAUCCCGAUCAGCCUAAACGGCUGCACACAUUUGGGAAUCCUUUCAAGCAGGAUAAGAAGGGGAUGAUGAUCGAUGAGGCGGAUGAGUUUGUAGCAGGCCCUCAAAAUAAGAAGAGAGGAAAUUCCAGUGACUCCAAUUCGGGAGCUACUGUGAAGAGAAGGCGGAACAUGUCACCGUUGCUGCGGCGGCCGCAGACCCCAUCAGGGAACACCAACCAUGUGGUGAUUGGGAAGAACCUAGCAGGGAUUCAGGGGCAGCAGAACCUCCUCAAACCGGGUCCACAGAACAAAGGAGUGGAUAGCAUGGUGGUCACAGAGAGUAAUGGCGACAGCGCUCUCGGGCUCGACUCUGGGGAAAUCUGGCCUGCAGAGAUGGAAACUGAGGCAGGGAAUACAUCCUCACCGAGUUUAGAGGAGAACGUUGGGACAGGAGCAGCAGUUCGCGGGGAGGACCUUGGCACGAUGGAGGAGAGGCUGGUGGAAGAUCAUCUAAACGAGCAGCCGCUGGAGGAGAAGCACAACUGUGAACGCCUGAGUCCACAGAGCCAGCUGGAUGGCGCUGACGCUGAGCCGGCAGUGCCUGAGAUCAUUUUCAUAGCUCCACUAGACGGCAACCUGGCAGAGCUGCGGACGCGGGUCAUCAAGGAGGUCCGCAAACCCGGACGAACUUUUGUUGACAGAUACAGUGAAGAAAUGACAGGAAGGGACAGCAAAGACAGAGAGGCAGGGGAAGACACGUGGCAAAUCACUGAGCUAAACCGGCGCCCGAUCACAGAGGAUUUAUUGAACUUGAAAUCAUUGUCCUUUCAACAGCGAAUUUCUUUGCAUUAUACUUCACUUUAUCAGGAAGUUGGUACACUGAAAGGCGAGCGCAUCGUAGCCAAACACAGCAGCAUUCGUCCCAUAAUGUUUAAAUCUUGCCACAGUGAGACUUCUUUAGCUGUUUACAUUUAAUACUUAUUAAUCUAAGGUAAUCUACGGUUCGUAUUCAUCAUCUGAUUAUGAGUUCCAGCACAAGCUGAUUUCUAGUCAUCUGAUGAGAUUUCAGGGUCCUGAUUUUCAUCCCCAUGCAUUUAGUUUUUCAUGUGAACUCCCAGAUGAAGAUGCUCUAAAAAGGUAAUUAGACUGAGUGAUGCACUUUCUAAAACAGUCUUUGGUCAUUGUUGGUGGGGGAAUUAUGCUGCUGUGCCUUUAAAAUGUUCUUUUAAGAUAAAAUGUUUCCCUUUAGUUCAAAGUUCGGAUGAAACGGAUGUUAAACCUCUUCAAACACAUGAAAACUCUUUUCUCCUUGGGCGUCUGUUAGAGUUAUUGUCAGAUGUCGUCUUUAUGGGGGUAAAGUUAAAGGUCGAAGCUUGAUUGUCCUUAAUGCUUGAUCAUAUCACACUUUCACAAGUUUUAAAAUUGGAUUAGUUUUCUGAUUUUUAGCUUUUUUUCAUUACAUCAGAGAACAGGUAGCUGUAGCCCAUUUACAGUCUAUGUGCACCCAGUGAGGAACACUGCAGUAUUUUUAAAAAAAAAUAAAACAUAAUGGAUCUGUCAGCUGUGCGGCCAGUAAUACAACAUUAACAAUAUGUUUACACAUUUUUAAAAACUUUUUUUCAUAUAAAUCCCAAAUUGUUUUUGAUUUCUCAGCUAAAUCAGUCAGAGGUGGCAGAGAAAUGUCAAAUACUGAUUCAUUUUAUUUCUAAUUUGGGGACGUACUGGGAACAUUUGAACC